CCAACAUGGCGGAGAACUGGGAUGAAUCUGGACCCGUGGCGGCAGAAAUACCAGAAAUAAAGCUGUUUGCAAAAUGGUCCUCUGAUGAUGUUCAAGUCAGCGACAUCAGUUUAACUGAUUACAUAGCUGUCAAGGAAAAGUAUGCCAAGUAUCUGCCGCACUCGGCUGGUCGAUACCAGAUGAAGCGCUUCCGAAAGGCUCAGUGUCCGAUUGUUGAGCGUCUGGUCUGCUCUCUCAUGAUGCAUGGCCGCAACAACGGCAAGAAGCUUCUGACCAUGCGCAUUGUGAAGCACGCCUUUGACAUCAUUCAUCUGCUUACUGGCGAGAACCCUCUGCAGGUGCUUGUAAAUGCCAUUAUCAACAGUGGUCCGAGGGAAGACUCGACACGUAUUGGACGUGCUGGAACCGUGCGGCGACAGGCUGUUGAUGUGUCUCCACUUCGACGGGUCAAUCAGGCCAUCUGGCUGCUGUGCACUGGAGCUAGGGAGGCAGCUUUCCGAAACAUCAAGACCAUCGCCGAAUGUCUGGCUGAUGAGCUUAUCAAUGCUGCUAAGGGUUCAUCCAACUCGCAUGCUAUCAAGAAGAAAGAUGAAUUGGAACGUGUUGCAAAGUCUAACAGAUAAACAGUUAACAUGAAAGGACAUUUCAAAGGUUCAUCUAAAUAAAAAAAAUAAACAGUG